UGUCCGUCCGCGCGGGGCUGCUGAUCUCAGCCGGGCUCCUCCGGGAUGAUGAGCUGCUCCUCGCCGCCUUUUGUGCAUUUUCGCCGCUUCGACUCGAGACGCGAUUUUACAGCCGACAAAACAAAAGCUGCGCUCCCAAAAACGGAACCGAGCUGCUCUCCGGUGAUAUACGCGCGUGCAAACUUCGGACACUUGAGCGUCGGGAGAAAGUGAAAUUUGGGGGCACUUUCUGCUGCUCGGCUCUUUGUGCUGCAGGUUGCAGCUUUUUCCUUUUGUACAGAAAGGCCUCGGAGCCUGGGUUUGGGUUGCUUGAAGGAGCUUGUGUUGAGGCAACAGCCACGCCUUGCUGGCACACUGCCACCCUAAAGCCUGGAGGCCCCCAGGAGCCACACAGGCGGGCUGGUUACCCGAAGUACCGACCUGAGGCUGCAGGCAUUUGAGCAAGAUGCUUCACCCAGAACAGAAAGACCUCCAAGAUAGAUUCCCUCAGGAGUAAAGUGGACUUGCUGCGCCUCCCUCUGGCCCUCUCCACCAAGUCCAUCAGCAAUCGGAAGAGCCAGCUGGGCGUGAUCUGGGAGAAAGGCGGCGGCGGCUUGGGGGCAGGAGGGGCCCGGAAACCCCGCCCACCGCCAGCCUGCGACAUGGACAACGAGUCGACGUACUCGGGCUACUCCUACAAGUCGUCCCAGUCACGAAGCUCCCGCAAACACAGGGAGAGGAGGGACCGGCAUCGAUCGAAGAGUCGUGACAGCAGCAUCCGUGGAGACAAAUCGGUGACCAUCCAGGCUCCUGUAGAGUCGCUGCUCGAUGUAGAGUCCACCAGAGGCGACGACAGGGAUGACAACUGGGGCGAGACGACGACGGUGGUCACUGGUACCUCCGUGGACAGCAUCUCUAACGAGGAUCUCACACGGCUCUCUAAGGACCUUGAGGAUGCUUCGCCACUGGAGUGUCGCCGUUAUCUCGGCCCGGCGUUGGGCGCCGUCCUGGGGCUCUUCGCUCUGGUCACUCCUCUGGCCUUCCUGGCGCUCCCACAGCUGCUUUGGCGGGACACACUGGAGCCCUGCGGCACACCAUGCGAGGGCCUUUACAUUUCUCUGGCCUUCAAGCUCCUGAUCCUCCUCAUCUCCACCUGGGCGCUGUUUCUCCGCCCGCUCAGAGCCACUCUGCCGCGCUUCUUCAUCUUCCGCUGUCUGCUGUUGGCGCUGGUCUUCCUGUUCGUGGCGUCCUAUUGGCUUUUCUACGGGGUGCGGGUGCUGGAGCCCAGAGAGACGGACUACAGGGGGAUUGUGGGAUAUGCAGCCUCUCUGGUGGACGCGCUGCUGUUCAUUCAGUACCUGGCUCUGGUGCUGCUGGAGGUCAGACAUCUGCAGCCUGCUUUCUGUCUCAAGGUGGUGAGGACAACAGACGGAGCCAGUCGCUUCUACAACGUGGGACAUCUCAGCAUUCAGCGGGCCGCAGUGUGGGUUCUGGAUCAGUACUACAGUGACUUCCCGGUUUAUAAUCCCGCCCUGCUCAACCUACCCAAGUCCAUCCUCUCCAAGAAGGUGUCUGCUUUUAAGGUCUACAACCUGGGGGAAGAAAAUGGCACCAAUAACUCCACAGGUCAGCCCAGAACCAUGAUCGCAUCCGCUGCUCGUAAAAGAGACAACUCCCACAACGAGUACUACUAUGAGGAGGCAGAGGUGGAGCGAAGGGUCCGCAAACGCAAAGCCAGACUGGUGGUGGCAGUAGAAGAAGCCUUCACCCACAUCAAGCGUCACCAGGACGAGGACGUGACUGCGUCCUCCCCCAAACACCCGCGGGAGGUAAUGGACCCGCGGGAGGCGGCCCAGGCCAUCUUUGCCCCAAUGGCGAGGGCCAUGCAGAAAUACCUCCGCGCCACCAGGCAGCACGCCUACCACAGCAUGGAGAGCAUCAUCAACCACCUGCAGUUCUGCAUCACGCACAACAUGACCCCCAAGGCUUUCCUUGAGCGUUACCUCAGUCCUGGUCCCACCCUCCAGUACCUGGAGACCAGCAGGGGGCGCCAGUGGACACUGGUGAGUGAGGAGGCGGUGACUGCUGCCCUGCGUCAAGGCCAGGUCUUCUCCCUCAGACGUCUUGACUUCUCCCUGGUCGUCACAGUGACACCCCUCCCCUUCCUACGCCUGGGCGAGGAGUUUAUCGACCCUAAAAGGCACAAGUUUGUCAUGAAGCUCCAGUCAGAGACAUCCGUGUAGGAGGGGGAGGGUGAUUCUUUUUUUAAAAGUGGUGACAACCAAAUGACGUGGCUUAAAACAUCAUGGAGUCACAGAAAAGUCAAAGCAACAGAAAGACGCUAUUACAGACUUUGUUCCCUCAAAAAAAUCUAAAAAUAGACAUUUGCCUGAAGUGCUGACUGUUAACUUCUGAUAUUGCAAUACACUGUGUUUUCAGUAUAAAUGAUACUGAAGUAUUACUCCUUUUUCUGGUAUUUCCCCCGCACAUUUGAUGAAAGACAUUAUUUUGGUAAAAAUGACCACUUCAGUUUUAGCCACAUUUGUGAUAUAAGCCCCAUUUAUUGAAGAUAAUACCCCGGUGUAGUAUGUUGACUGUAGUAAUUGUACAAGACUUUCUGAGUGCGCGCUGACCUUUUAUAUGCAGUCAAACUUGAGAGGCUUCGCUUUAGCUCGUCCUUUUUCAGAGCCAAUCUCAAAACUUGUUUCACUUUUUACUUGAACUUCUUGUUGGGAAUUUACAGGCUACGGUUUGGAGAAUCAGGCGUAGUCUGACUUAAAUGUCCCCUGGACUUUUGUCAACUUUUGGACAUUGACACAGACUGAAUCAAAGGGAGGUGAAACUGCUCAUGAACUGUUUCCCCUUUUUUCACUUCCACAGAAUAGUUUACUGAGAAGUGGACAUGCAUACUUUAAUCAGAAAGUAUGAAGUGAGAAACACUGGACAGACUUUAAAUACACUGAGAAGAACUUUAACUUUUUUUAGCACAAUGUAGAUGCUAGUAUAUGUCCAGUAACACUGGUCGUGGAUGUAUUAACCACUACAUUUGGGGUUUGAGUUGGAUUUGUUGAGCUCCAGCACAAUAUAACCACGCAACACCAAUGUGCUUCUUCUUGGCAGCUUGAUGUUUUUUUUAAUGUUUUGUAAAGCGAGUGUGUGAAUUUGUGGUUAAACCAAGUAGAAAAGAGAGUAGACCUUAAAAAAUACUACCGAUUUAGCUUUGCCGAAAAAAAUCCACCAAACUCAAUUCGACAGAACAGGAGAUAAUCCUUUUGUAUUUUUCUUCAAACAAAAAUUGGCAUCGACAUGAUCUUCGGUCAGAGAUUUUGGCUGUUUUAGCAGCUGAAAGCGAUGUUUCAAUCACAGCAAUUAAUGCAAAUUCAGCAAAUUCAGCCAAUCCCAAAUUUCUCAUGCUUAUUAGGUUUACUGUUGCUUUGCUAGUGAUUUUGAUAGACCGAAUCUACCAGCACAGAAGCCAAGCAAUGUACGUAUUUUAGCCACCUGAAAAAAUGAUCAACGCGUCUGGUGGCCUUGAGGUAACUGCUUCAGGUCCAGGUUCAGCUCCUUUGAAACCAGCUGUCUGAAGGCAAGUUAAAGUGGUUAAAACUUUACUAAAAUUUAAGUACAUUUAAACGGACUAAACAGCCUUUUUCUAGGUGGCUAGAAACUAACCAACCACACAGAAGUUAUAGUAAACAAACGUUGUGAUUCGACCAAAUUCUCUCGCAUCUGUUUUUGGAGCUGGUGUAGAGAAGCUGCGGUGCCUCACUCUCAAAACUGUAAGCAUCUUUGUCCCUUUGAACUUCCAUGUCUUAUUUGUAACAAUCAUGCCAAUCUCUCUGCAAGACGGUGAUUGUAUUUGCACAGGUCUGCAAGCCUAAUGCCCCGAGCGGCUAGCUUCGAGCAGAGAGGAGGAGCAGGUUUCAGACGUCUGGUAAGCUCGCUUCUUUCUAAAUCCACACACCCUGGUGACAUCACUUAAUCACUCAUCGCACUUCUAGGUUUGGUUUAUUUCAUUUUAUUAAAUUUUACAAAACGUGGACGCAGUACAUGUGCACAUGUGUGUGUCUUUUGUGAGUCAGAGAUGUUUUUUUAAAAUUACAGCAAAAUUGUUGUGCCACUAAAAGCAGUUUACAUGUAUAUUUCGGUGCCGUUUUCCAAGGUUGUAUUUUUCCUGUUUUUCAAUGGAUUUCUGUCGUACUCUG